AUGUCCUCUCAACACACUCAAUCGCACCAAGAAGAGGAUAUGGAGGAAGAGGAAGCUCCUCACAACGUCUUGUCUCUGCAAACCAACGACAUCCGAUAUUUUCUCUCCUUACUCAAGGGGAUCAACUUUGCAUCUUCCAAACUCGCUUCAAUGACGAUCACGAGUACUGGUCUGAUCAUCACGGUUGAGGAAGCUCGUUCUGUGACAGCGACUGCAUGGAUCUUCAAAGAUGUCUUCGAUGACUACUCCUACACCCCUCCCCGACCCGAACCCUCCGCUUCCGCACGUUCCUCCGUCUCAUUACGAUCAACCCCGAGCCGAUCACAAUCAGACCUGACAACAGUGCUCGAGAUACCUCUUCACUCACUGCUCGACUGCCUGAGCGUCUUCACUGGAAACAACACCGCGUCAAGUACGAAGAAACGCGGUGUGCGGCCGACAGGAGACGAUGAUGAUCUAAAUGAUCAGGCGGGAAGAUUGGAUGCGUAUUUUGGUGGUGGAGCGAAGCGCACGGGAAUGAGCAUGUACUACGCGGGAGAAGGUCACCCUCUCACCAUCAGCAUUGCAGAAACAUCAGGCAACGGGCCCAGUGCUCGAUGCGAGAUUAGCACCUUCGAACCUGAAGGAAUGCUCGAUAUUGCGCUUAACUAUGAGCAGACGCAGCUGAAGAUCAUCCUGAAGUCAUCGUGGCUACGCGAGGCGCUAUCAGAUCUUGACCCAAAAGAGUACGACAAGCUAACCUUUGUGGGCAAUCCGCUUGGUACACCAGCGACAGGAGACGCUCGUCCGUCGCGGGUUUCAUCAAAACCUAUCUUUCGUAUCAUGGCGUCAGGUUCACUUGGGAGUACGGAGAUGGACUACACGAACGACCGCGAAGUGCUCGAGACCUUCGAGUGCGAGGAUUCGGUCAGCUUCAGCUACCGCUUUUCGCACAUCAGGGGGGCUUUGGCAGCGCUGCAGACCUCGGACAAGUCGUCGCUUCGCAUUGACAAUGAGGGCAUUCUCAGUCUGCAAUUCCUCAUGGAACACCCAACAAGAACAAAGCAAGGGGCCAUGCAAGGAUAUAUAGACUUCUUGUGCUUGCCGAUGGAGGACGGCUUCUAG